CGGACUGACUGCAACCAAAGUCCAACGUUUAUGUUUAUGUUUGAUCAGACCACCUCAACAUGUGACCUUAACUUAGCUAACAGGUCUCUGCAGCCACACUCAGAGGAACACCUAGAUAUAGCUUUAACGCAGAGAAGAACCGACCUCCAUUAUAAGGUCCAGAUCUCUGGCGAUCGGGAAGAGAAGAGACAAGCAUUGGAUAUGGAGGGUGAGAAGGGAGGAAAAGACUGUGACGCCAGAUGCGCUGAAGAACUCCGGCUGGUCCUCGUCGGAAAGUCCGGCUCCGGCAAGAGUGCUUCUGGAAACACCAUCCUGGGCCGGAGGGAGUUCCUGUCACAGAUCAGUGCGAGCUCAGUCACCCAGAUUUGCCAGCUUGGAAGCUCCGAGCUGGCAGAGGAAGAGGAUGCUGAGGAGGAUGGACAGACCGCCGCCACACGGAGGAGGAGGACGAGGAGAAUCACGGUGGUCGACAUGCCGGGGUUCGGGGACACUCACCUGAGUGAGGAGCAGAUCCAUGCAGAGGUUGCCAAAUGUGUGUGUCUCUCUGCACCCGGGCCACACGCUUUCCUCCUGGUGGUGCCGAUCGGUCGCUACACAGACAAUGAGAACCAGGCUGCCUGCGAGUUGACCAAGAUAUUUGGGGAGGAUGCACUCCAUCACCACACAGUGGUUCUUUUUACCCGAGGUGACGACCUGGAAGGUAUCGGGAUUGAGGAUUAUCUGUGGCAGACUGCACCUGCUGGGCUGAAGGCUUUGAUUGACAGGUGUGGGGGCAGGUACCACGUGCUUAACAACAAAGACUCCAGUAACUCGGUGCAGGUUAAAGAACUCCUAAUGAAGGUGGACAAGAUGGCGAAGCAUACUAGAGAAGGGUUUUACACCAAUGGCAUGUUUUUGGCAGCAGAGACUGCCAUCAGGGAGGAGCAGAAGAGGAUGUUAAGUGACCGCGGGCAGGCAGAGGGGGAGGAACGAGAGAGAAACUAUGGCAGCAGGGAGGAAGAAGCUAAACUGUCAAAGCGAAGAAAGCGCGACUUUGAGUCGAGAGCAGCAAACACCGAUAGAGAGUCAGAAGGGGGCAGGAGGAGGGAGGUUGAGAGCGAUAAUGACGAGGAUUUCAGGGUGGAGAGGUGGACAGAGGAGAGCGGAGGCAACGCCUUCAGCUUCCUGAGGGACAAGUUCAGAGGCAGGCGCAGGGCGGCGAGCAGGCGGCAGUCCAUCCGCUCGUCCUUAACUCGCAUGAGGAGGGAGGCUGCGCUGUCCGCCGAUGUGCUGCAGAGAAUUAAGACCCUGGUUGCAGCUGGAGCCACCGGCAUGGCCGUGGGGGCAUUGUUUGGGGCAGUCGCCCCCUUGGCCGCCUCAGCCGGGGCAUCUUUGGUUGGGAGCUCAGUCGGUUUCGCUGCGAGUCAGUUCGCCGGGAUGUCCGUAGCGGGAGGCACCGGUGUGGGGAAAGCCGUGGGGGCGAUCGUGGCGGCCGCUUCGGGGAAAACCGCGGUGGCUCUGGGCGCGGCAACGGGCGGAGUUUUGGGCGGUUCCGUCGGGGCCAUUGUUGGUGCUGAGGCUGUAAGUCCCAGGGAGGGUGCUCUGGAUGCCCUGGGGCAGGUUAGUCUCAUUGGGGCCUCUGCAGUUGGAGUGGCCGCAGGUGUGGGAGGCACCAUGGGAGCCGGGGCCGCUUUAAGCGCAGCCAUGGAGGGAGCAGCGUUCAGCACGGCGGCCCUUUGCGGAGCCGAAACUGCCUCAGCGGCAGUAGCAAAGGCCUCUGUCGCUCAGAGCAGUUUAUCCUCAGUUGCAGGGCCGCACGCGAUGGCCGCUGUAGGGAGUGUAGCUGCAGGUACGGGGACUCCUCCGUGUGCUGCAGCCGCAGGAGCCCUGGCUCAGGAGAUGGCUGCCAAUGUCCCACUGGCUGCUGGGUGUGGCCUAACAGGGCCGUGUGUGGCGUCGGUGGCCAGCAGGGUGGUGUCAGAUCCCUGGGGCAGCGUGGCGGUAUCGUCACGCAUCCUGACUGCAGUUGCUGACAUAGGCAAGGCUGCAGCAGGCAUUGCUCUGGCUGGUGGUCUGGUGGUGAAGGUGGUGAAGGAAAGAAUAAGAUGUGGCACAGGAACAACAGAAGCCAGUUACUCAGAGAAGAAGUCGUACGAGGUCUACUGGAACAAAUGAAUGAGGUCAACCCCAGUCGUCACACGGAGGAUGAGCUCAUCAUUGCUAUUUUUGGCCCCGGCCUUCUAAUAACGUAUUAGACUCAACACUCUGUAGCAGCGGGAGUUAUGACUUUGCCACAGAAAUGCGAACCACCUCAAAUAUUCAAUCACAAAUUACAAUAGAUGAGAGAGAGAGCAGAAUUUGUAAUGCAGAUAUUGGUUUGAAGUAUUUGAGCUGAUGAACCGCUUCAGGGACAUUUACAAUGUUGUGUGGGCUGACUAAUGAAGACAAUCACAUUUUUGUCUGAAUCAAUUUUUAUGCGGUUGUUAUUCGUCUCACGGCUCGUUGGUUUUGAACACAACCCUUCACACCCAUUAUACAAAUAAAAUGACUAACUGAAAUAGGCUGACAAAUGUCGGUCACAGAGUUCGGCUGUGUGUGUUCAGUCUAUCGGAUGAUAUUGAUUUCAUGAAGCUUUACAAUUUCACCCUUUGUCCUUUCUAAAAGAGGAUCACUCAAAUAAGACAUUUAGCUGUGUAAAAAAAGUGUUUGUACUUACAGAUGAAAGUGGUUGGUUGCCUUGCAGUGUUUCACAUCCUGUAUAUGUAAUACAUUAGGUAUUGACUCAAGUUUUGAGAAACAAGAUUUCAACCAACACUGUCAAUGUGUUAACUUUGCUGCAGUGAAAUAAACAAUUAAAAGUAAAAAA